GUUUGGUCUGAUGACGCAUACGGAAAGCGAGAUGUUGUUUACCCGGGUGCUAACAUGCUAGACGGGUUUCUUCAGAAGAAAGAGUGCUGCUGUAUUUUAAACAAUGUUCCGACUAUUUUUGCCAAAUCGUUUCUGUGCCAAACGUAACACUCUAACAGCGCGCGAGUUUUCGUUGUUUACGCCGCGAGCCAAGCAGUCGCCGCUCAGUGUUUUUAUUCAACAACAAAAACGACACUUUGGGAGGUUAAACUCCGCCUUUUUAAAAAACAGGCCAAAGUCCGGGAUUUGGAUGUGUGGUGUUAGUUUGGGGAUUACUUUAGGUGUCAGUCUGAAAUAUUACACGGACUCGGCCACCAGUGUCUGUGAUGAGAAAGUGCCAAAGCCGCAGAAAACGGAUCGAUACAGUGAUGCGAUCGAAGUUAGCAGAGACCUUCUGGAGCGGAUAAAGGUAGGCACAGAGGUACGCCUGCAAGUACCUGCUGUAAGAGUGGGCUCUUUCUCAUUGAAAGCAUCUUCAUGACUGCUACUUUCACUUCAAUGCCACCUGAGAGUGCUGCUGAGAGUUUGUGUCUAUCUCAGGCUGAGGUCGGAGCUCCGGGGCUGGUGGUUGGGGUCUCUGUGGAUGGUGCCCAAGUCUGGAGUGAAGGUUGGUGCCUAGUGGGAUAAUUUUCACGUUUAUUAUUCAGAAAAUCACGCCUAAUGAAUCCAAUAUCAUUUGGCUCUCUUGCAUAUCUCAGUUUUGUUGUCUACAGACAGACUGGUGUAAAACCAUAGACUGUAUAUAAGAUGGACAACUUGGUUCCGCCUUCCCCCUGUAUACGGAUUUGAAGCCAAAAAGCUCUUGGUAAUUCCGGGUUUUUCUAGCCUGGCCGGGCCAUACUGUUGCGUGAAUCACGUUCCCGAAGGAACGUCAAGUGAUUCACGCAACAGUAAAUUUUAAAUUUUAUAAUUUAACUAACAAAAGUAUAUUUUUACCCAGGCAUUUCAAUGAUUGCCUUUUUAUAUUUCUCUUAUUGCAAAUGUUCAUUUUAAUCAAAGUUCUUAAUGUUUCUUUUAUGUCAUUUUAUUAAUUAUCUCUGUUCUUAGUCUUUUUCUUGAUUCCCAUCAUAGAGGUUUUUACGUCUUUUACCCCUUUCACAUGGUAAAGAGCUCUUACUUGUCUGUUCAUUCAAUAUUAUUUUCUUGUUUUACUCUUUUUUUACUCUCUCAUCCAGCAGCCAAACAAGCGGCUGAUGGAUGAGAGUAGGUGAGUUGUGUUUAGUCUAUUUGUUAAAGAAAUUAGGUAAAGUUAAAAAGAUGUUUGGUAGCUAGUACUGUGGGUAGGACCCUAUAUGUACUGUUGAUGAAGUUAGGUGCUGUUCUGAGCAUUAUUUGUGGCUUUAGAGUGGCGUUUUGGUUGAGGUUUUUUUAUGGCUCCUCAGACCGCUGUGUAUUGCUAUCAUGCGGUCAUUACUAAAGUUGGUAUAACUAGAGAAGCAAGCGGUCAGCAACAUUCAUCUCUCGAGGGGUUGUCUACCUCGGUGUCAUGGUUUGUUUGACCCUUAAACUAGGCCUGUACAGAAUAAUCCACCCAAACUGAGUGAAAUGUUAAAUUGAGCAUUUUCAUGAUUUAUAGUUAUCACCUUUUCUAUAAUGUGACUGGAAGAAUAUUUUCGAUUGCAACAUAUAAAUAUUGCAAAUCGUUCUUAAAAAAAAAUCAUAUUAUGCGUAUAGGAUCAGGCGUAUUUAAAUUCUGCUUGCAGGGAUCGGUUAUGCUGAUUUGGAGAACCGUGUACCAUGCAACCCAGAGACGAUGAUGCGAAUUGCCAGCAUCAGUAAGCCCCUCACAUCUGCAGCAGCUGCACGACUGCGGGAGGAGGGGAAAUUGGAUCUUGACGUCCCUGUCCAGCAAUAUGUCCCGGAAUUUCCUCAGAAACAAUUUGAUGGACAGGAUGUAAGCCUCUUGAAACAGAUGUCAGAGAUUUGUUAUCAGCAAUUGUGUCUUUUUCUUUUUCUGUGCGUCACAUAAAAGAAUUACAUCUGUAAAUUAUUCUGUUCUUUCAGGUCACGAUAACUCCUCGUAUGCUCCUGUCUCACCUCAGCGGUAUACGGCAUUAUGAGAAGGAUGCGAAGAAAGUGAAAGAGAAUAAGGAGAAAGCUAAGCGACUUUUAAAGCCUCAAAUUAAAGAGAGAGAGGAUGAAAAGAGCUCAUCUGAAAACAAAGGUAAAACCACUGCAACAGAACAGAACAGCAAAAGCAAAGAUAACGCUCAGACUCAGAGGAAAAAAGAGUUUGAGCAAGAGGAAUAUUACUUGAAAGACAACUUUGAAAGUGUCACUCAGGCCCUGGACCUCUUCAAGGACGACCCACUCAUUUUUAAACCAGGUAAUGCAAAUACAUGUUAAUAAACUCUGAAGAAAAAAAAAACUCAAAUGCAUCUGUGAUUUAGAUCCUUUUUCUCUAUGCAGGCACAACCUUUCUGUACUCCACCCAUGCCUUCACCCUUCUUAGCGCUGCUAUGGAACGAGCUGCAAAUCAGCGCUUCCUGGAUCUAAUGACCAACAUGUUCCGAGAGCUGGGAAUGCUAAAUACUGUGCCUGAUGAGAAUGAUCCUAUCAUUUAUCACCGUUCUAGGUAAUCUUCCAUCAGUGAUGUUAAAUUUUGUCCAAAAUAUUUUGACUUAUCACAGAUUAGUGCAGGGGAGAUUGGACAGCAACAUUAGAACUUUGUAGAGAGCUCUUAAGUUGAGGUUGUUUUGAACACAACUGUUGUGCACAUUAAAUUAGAAGUUUGAUAAUGUGUUCAUAAUGUUCUUGUUGAUCCAUUACAGAGCCUACAAUUUCAACAAAAAAGGGCGUGUUGUGAACUGUCCAUAUGUUGACAACUCCUACAAGUGGGCUGGAGGCGGCUUCCUCUCCACUGUAGGUGACCUGCUGCUGUUUGGGAACGCUCUGCUCUACAGUUACCAGGUGGCCCACCUGAAGGACACUCAGGGCUUGCUCCCUGGCUUCCUCAAACCCUCAACAGCCAAAGAACUGUGGGCACCGGUUGACCUGACAGAGGCCAGCUGGGAUAAGGACGGACUGUAUGCCCAAGGCUGGUUAGUUGUGGAAAAAGCACAGAAAUAUGGCCAGUGCAGGAAGCGCAGACACUAUGUAUCGCACACUGGAGGAGCUGUAGGGGCCAGCAGUGUCCUCCUGGUGUUACCCAGUGUAGAGAUAAAACAGCACCUAGGGCAGACCUCACUCCUCCCACAGGGGGUGGUGGUCACCAUCAUGACUAAUAUGCAAUCUGUGGGACUCAACAACACUGCACUGAAAAUUGCUCAUGAAUUUGAUAAAGCCAGAGACCUGUGAGCUUUUUUUACAGCAAUAUCUGAGUAUACAUUCAACUGAUUUCAGUUGAUUUUACAUAGUUUUGAUACAGCUUUUUAAUAAUUCUAAAGAGUGAUUGGGGAAAUAAAAUAAAUCUAAAUACAAA